AAUGGGCGAGUCCAUCGUGACAAAUGGGUGAAAUGUAAGUUUCACAAAGGGAACAAAAAUACUCACGAUAAUACAACAUACAAGUGAUAUCCACCUACGAAUUGUGUAUACGUUACACGGUGAUUACACAACAUGAGAGUGAAGCCCACUAGACAACCUCGCAAUGGUUCCGUUCCGCGUCGUCUGGGUUUUGAACCCCCCUCUUCGCGUCCGUUGCAGGUAGUCUUGUAGUGGUCUCAUCUGGAGAGGAGCGCGCAGUUCACAGCUGCAGGUCGUCCUGUACGAAGCACCGACACAACCAGGAUACAUCAACGCGGAGUGCUGGACGAAAUAGCUUUCUUUAUUGUGCAUUGCCUUUACUGUACAUGUUUAAGGAAACACCAACGUAAAAAGGUUUCUGAGAAGCAAAGACGCCUCCCAUUCCGCUGUGGCCCCCUGAUCACACCCCUGCCCGCCCUUUUCCAAGGAUGACGUGCCCAUGAUGUCCUUCUGGAAGUGUACCGCAGAGGCGCAGCUUGGCAGUUAGAGGGAGCGGUCGGCCUGCGUCACCAUGACAGCAUUGGCACGGGACGUCGCCUCCCCGCCUGCCUCCUCCUUCUCCAUCCUCCUCUCGGCCUCCUCCUCCUCCUCCUCGUCUCUCUCUCUCCUGCUCCUCCUCAUCCUCUCAUGCAUCCUGGUCCCCCUCCCGUCACCAGCGCUGGCCCAAGGAGGAGCACCCCCUAAUCCACCUUCUCCUCCUCCUCCCUCAGACGUCCCAUUAACUCCCAGCCUGAGUCCGCUGGUCCCCACCCCCAGCCCUGGCCCCACCCCAGCGGUGUCUCUCCUGCCUCCGGAGUGUACCCGCAGGGAGCACCCCAUCAUCUCCAUUCAAGAGUUGAGCCCUUGGAUCUCGACUUUUUCUCACCCCGGAGUGAGAGAGUACUCCCUAUUGACCCUUGACCUUACCAGGAAUGAGCUCGUCGUGGGCGCAAGAAACUACCUCUUCAGACUGAACCUGAGCAACAUUUCCCUCGUACAGGCAACCGAAUGGAGCCCGGACGAAGACACCAGGCGGUCCUGUCAGAGCAAAGGAAAAUCGGAGGCGGAGUGCCAGAACUACAUCCGGGUGCUGCUGCUGAACAGGACGGAGGUGAUGACUUGUGGCACCAACGCCUUCCAGCCACUCUGCAUGAUCCGAGAGGUUGGUAACCUGAGCAGUGUGCUGGAGAAGGUGAACGGGGUGGCGCGGUGCCCAUACGACCCGCGGCACAACUCCACGGCGGUGGUGACGGAGAGCGGGGAGCUGUACGCCGCCACGGUCAUCGACUUCUCGGGCCGCGACCCAGUCAUCUACCGCAGCCUGGGCGGUCUGCCCCCGCUACGCACCGCGCAGUACAACUCCAAAUGGCUCAACGAGCCGCACUUCAUCUCGGCGUACGAGGUGGGCCUGUUCACCUUCUUCUUCCUGCGGGAGAACGCGGUGGAGCACGACUGUGGCAAGACCGUGUACUCCAGGGUGGCCAGGGUGUGUAAGAACGACAUCGGGGGACGCUUCCUGCUGGAAGACACCUGGACCACCUUCACCAAGGCGCGUCUGAACUGCUCUCGUUCGGGUGAGAUCCCCUUCUACUACAACGAGCUGCAGAGCACCUUCUACCUGCCAGAACAGGACCUCAUCUACGGCAUCUUCACCACCAAUGUGAAUAGCAUUGCUGCCUCUGCGGUUUGUGCGUUCAACCUGAGUGCCAUCACCAGGGCCUUCAACGGGCCGUUCCGCUCCCAGGAGAACCCCCGCUCCACCUGGCUCCCCAUGCCCAACCCCAACCCCAGCUUCCAGUGUGGCACUAUUGAGGAUGAUGGUCCUAACGAGGGACUGACGGAGCGCAGCCUUCAGGACGCCCAGCGCCUCUUCCUGAUGAACGACGUGGUGCAGCCAGUCUCUGUAGACCCCCUGGUCUGGCAGGACGACGUGCGCUUCUCCAAGCUGGUGGUGGACAUCGUGCAGGGCCAGGACACGCUACACCACGUGGUCUACAUUGGCACUGAGUAUGGCACCAUCCUGAAGGCCCUGGCUACUACUAAGAAGAGUCUGCAGGGCUGCUACCUGGAGGAGAUGCAGCUGGGGCGGCGGGGAGGCCAGCGCGAGCCCAUCCUGAGCCUGCAGAUCCUCCACGGCGAGCGCAUGCUCUUCGUCGGCCUCAGCAGCAAGGUGGUCAAGAUCCCCUUAGCCAGAUGUUCGUCAUACCCCACACAACAGGCGUGUCUGGAUGCCAGGGACCCCUACUGUGGCUGGGAUCAGAAGCAGAGGAGCUGCACCACCAUUGAGGACAGCUCUGACAUGAGCAAGUGGACCCAGAACAUCACCGCCUGCCCUCUGCAGAACCAGACCACCAAUGGAAUGUUUGGGCCCUGGGCACCAUGGCAACCCUGUAACCAUAACGAUGGCGAAGGUUCCAGCGCCUGCCUGUGCCGAUCCCGCAUGUGUGACAGCCCGCCUCCCCGCUGCGGGGGCAAGAACUGUCAAGGACCCACCAUCGAGGUGUCCAACUGCUCCAGAAAUGGCGGUUGGACUCCGUGGUCGUCCUGGGGUCAGUGCAGCACCACGUGUGAGAUCGGCUUCGAGGUGCGCCAGAGGUCCUGCAACAACCCCGCGCCCCGGCACGGAGGGAGGGUGUGUGUCGGACAAGCCCGGGAACAGAGGUUCUGCAAUGAGAAGGUGGCGUGUCCCCAGCCAGUCUACUGGUCCUCCUGGGGCUCCUGGACCAAGUGCAGUGCCGAGUGUGGGGGAGGGGUCCACUCCCGCGUCAGGACCUGUGAGAACGGCAACAGCUGCCCUGGCUGUGCCCUGGAGUAUAAGGCGUGUAACCUGGACGCGUGCCCGGAGGUGCGACGGAACACCCCGUGGACCCCCUGGAUGCCGGUGAACGUGACGCAGGGCGGGGCGCGGCAGGAGCAGAGGCUGCGGUACACCUGCAGGGCUCAGCUGGCCGACCCGCACGAGCUGCAGCUGGGGAAGCGUAAGGUGGAGACGCGCUACUGCCCCAACGACGGCUCCGCUGCCUGCGAGACAGACGCGUUGGUGGAUGAGCUUCUGAAGACGCCGGUGGUGCGCUUGACGGGCUCGGCCUGGUCGUCGUGGGAGACGUGGUCGGCGUGUACGCAGGACUGUGCCAUGGGCUACCGCACCCGCCGCCGCUCCUGCUCCACCGCCGAGGGCAAGAGCAACCCCGCCACCUGCCGUGGCUCACCCGUCGAGUACCAGGACUGCAACCCACAGCCCUGCCCAGUGAAUGGCGCCUGGUCUUGCUGGUCACCCUGGUCUCAGUGCUCAGUGCCGUGCGGUGGGGGCCACUACCAGCGCACCCGCACCUGCACCAGCCCCGCCCCCGCCCACGGAGGAGACAUCUGCAUCGGCCUGCACACUGAGGAGGCCCUGUGUAACACACACCCCUGCGACGGUGGCUGGAUGGCGUGGUCGGUGUGGUCGGCCUGUGAUGACACGGGCCUUCAGCAGCGGAGCAGGGCAUGUGGACAGCAGGCCUCCUCGCCCUGCGUAGGCAACACCACCCAGAACAGGGACUGCAACGAGAUACCAGCAGUGAUCCUCCCGGCGUCCGGCUACGAGAAAGAACAGCUAUGUGGAAGGUUCACGCUGCUGCACCUGAUAGCCACGGGCGUGUCCUGUUUCCUGGGCGCCGGCCUGCUCUCCUUCCUGGUCUACGUCUACUGCCAGCGCUUCCACAAGCCCUCGCAGGAGUCGGCCGUCAUCCACCCCACCACGCCCAACCACCUCAACUACAAGGGCAACACCACGCCAAAGAACGAGAAGUACACGCCCAUGGAGUUCAAGACCCUGAACAAGAACAAUCUGCUGCCCGACGAGACGCGGACCAACUUCUUCCCGUCGCCGCUGCAGCAGACCAACGUGUACACCACCACCUACUACCCCACGGCGCUGGGCAAGUACGACUACCGGCCUGACGCCUCCCCCUCCCCCUGCAGGAACUACAACAGCAACAGCUGAGGACGGGCUUGGCCCCCCACACGCCACCACCGCCACCACCACUGCUACGGACCUCCAUUGAGGCCUGCUUAUUGCCAUGGUGACAGCAAGGACACUACUACCACAGGACAAGCUGCGGUGCAAGCACUGGACUUUACAACAAGCACUCUUCUCUUUGUCUCCUCUCCCCCUUCUUCAUCCUCCUCCUCCUCCUCCUCUUUCCUCUCCUCGCCCUCCUCCUCAUCUUCAAAUGGUCCUCUUUCUUUAACCCCAAGCCCCUCUUGCUUCAAGCUCCCGUCUCCAUGACUCCCAAGGAGAGGAGAACCACGUUGUCUAAGUGGGAAAGAAACUCUUCUGGAGCAUUCCAAACCUCAUCCCCUUCCCCCUUUACUUGUUCCACACUGGAGGAGAGAGCUGUCACUCAACCACCCAGCUGUGUUCCUAUUGGACAAGGCUGGAGUGCACCACGGGCUUUGUUUGGUCGGUUGGUUUGUUUGUUUGUUUUUUUUUCUUGUGAGGACCAUUGGUUGGCAUGGCGAUAGCAGGUUAUGGGAAGGAGAAAAAGAAAACUCAACUCACUGUAUGGUAUGGAGCACUGUCAGCUCAACCAAGACACCUUGCACACAAACGCUCCUGGAUCAUGGAUCUUCGAAAUAUUCCAGAUCUUUCUUUCUGAUGAAUAUGGAAUGAAACGGAGGAGAUGUGCGUAACUGGGAUUUUCCUCUGACUCAGUCAGUCAGUCAGGCACUCUGUUGGCAGGAGAGGCAGUACGAUAUGGGAGAUGAGAGGACAACAAAGACUACGAUUUAAAGAGAGCUCUCUGUGUGGAUGGAGCUGUAUUGUCACCCACUCACACACAAAUGUGCUCACAAGGGAUAUUAACUAUGUAUGAGGACACUAUGGAGUCUUACUGUCACACAGAUACACACACAACAACAACGGAUGUUAAGUGGGGAGCAGGGCACUGUGUGGAGUCCACACACACACACACACACACACACACACACACACACACACACACACACACACACACACACACACACACACACACACACACACACACACACACACACACACACACACACACACACACACACACAACCUCCCGACAAGACAAGAAUCCCUGGACCCUAUUAGUGUCACUUGGACUCCCAAGGUGAUGAGGGCUUUUUCCACACAAAUAGACUGAUGCCCAUCGGGGAAACCGCUGUGCAAGAUAAAAGACAUCCUGGGUGUGUGUGUGUGUGUGAGAGAGUGUGUAUGUGUGUGUGCUUGUGUGUGUGUGUUCUGUCUCUCUGUAUGUGUGUGUUUUACGCACACAGAAACCCAGUGUCAGGGGGGUGCCGGGAAAAGAAGAACAAGAUUUCCGUAAGGAUGAAAAAAAAAGCAAAUGGCAACCAGUGCUUGUCUCAGGAGCUUCUAGAUGUCUAGAUUGUGCCACACAUCCUUUUUUUGUGUAAGACUCACAGCCAUUGGUGGGCUAUUUGGGUUUGGGUGAGGGGGGGCAGAUGAUUGGUCGAUUAGGGCUGGGCCGAGCAGGGGGAGGGACUUUCAGCCAGCGGUCUGGGUGCUGGAUUGCGAUGGCACCUGCUCCCAUGCUGAUUGUGUAUAUGUGAGGGCAGAGCAGGGUCCCACUACUACAAAGCUGGUUCAGGAGUAAACCAGGGGUCCGUAUCUCGAAAGUGUCUUUGCUAACGACGGUAGCAACGUCCUUCGUAAGAGCGACUCAACUCUCUCUCGACAGCGACGCUCACCACUAAAUCCAAUGGAGCGGUAAGACGGUCUUAAGACGGUCUUAAGACGGUUAGCAACGACAAGAAUCGAGAAACGGACCCCAGGUUAAGUUAAGAGGUAAAUCAUGAGGACUCCUGGCUCUUCUAUUAGAUGAUUUACCGCUUAACUGGACCUGGUUUACUCCUGAACCAGCUGUGUAAGUGAAGGCCCCAGAGGAUGGCCCCAGAGGAUGGCUUCUCUUAGAAAGUGUUAGGGGCUCGGGACGCACCACUGGUGCCUGAUGAUGAACAGAACUGAACAAACAAAAAGAUAUCUGAGAAUAACUUCUAUUAAACCAUGUUUUUUUUUGUUUAUUUGUCCAUGAUGUUGUUUGUAUCUGCUUUGUUUUUUGUCCUUUUUUUUCUUUCGCAGGAAAGGAGCAUAUUGCUUGUGUCUGUGAAUGGAUGCGUUUCCCCCACUGAGUACUGUAUGCCUUGCUGGUCAUAUCAAAUAUGCCAAAUGAACCAAGGCCUGACUGAAAUUUAAUAUGGUAGAAUAUACUGAUAGCGUGGCACUUGUUUUGUUUUGUUUUGUUUUUGAUUUUAAUGGAUAUUUUUUAAGAUGGAAAUAUUUGUUCUUCGUAGAUAAUAGGUUGCAUAGAUAUGUCUAUUUAAAGUGCAGUAUGUCAGACCAUGGAUGUAUUUGAGAAUGGUUACAGUUGUCUCGCCCACUUCACAAUAAGAUACACAUAUUCUUUUCAGCUAUGUAGAGGAAAUAUAUUAUUAUUAUUAUUAAUGGCUUUUUUGCAUAUAGGAGAAAUCCCAUAGAAGAUUAUAUGUAAUGGAGAAUAUUCAUAAUUUAUGUAACUGUAGCAGAUAUCACUGGCUCUCUAUUGUUAACAGCUAAACCAUGCCUUUCAAACAUCAGUAAUGUGAGAUUACAAAUACAUUGUAAA